AUGUCGAAUCCUAUCUUGCCCCAAAAGGGCGAGCGCAACAUUCUAAUUACUAGCGCGUUGCCAUAUGUGAACAAUGUCCCUCACCUGGGCAACGUUGUGGGCUCAGUGCUGAGUGCCGACGUCUUUUCGAGAUACCACAAGGCUUGUGGCCGCCCAACAUUGUAUAUUUGCGGAACCGACGAAUACGGAACAGCUACCGAGACUAAGGCGCUGGAGGAGAAGCUGUCGCCCCAGGACCUUUGCGCCAAGUACAACAAGAUUCACCAAGAAGUGUACGAAUGGUUCAACAUUGGGUUCGACCACUUCGGUCGCACACCUACGGAAAAGCACACCGAGAUCUCGCAGUCAAUCUUCAAACGUUUGCACGAGAACGGAUACCUCGGCGAACGCACCUCGGAGCAGCCCUUCUGCGAGAAGCACGGCUCUUUCUUGGCCGAUCGCUACGUUGAGGGCGAGUGCCCCCACUGCCACUACGACGAUGCCCGUGGAGACCAGUGUGACAAGUGCGGCCUUCUUCUGGAUCCAUUGAACCUUAUCAAUCCCCGCUGCAAACUCGAUGGCGCCGCGCCGAUACCCCGCGAGACCAAGCACAUUCACCUGUUGCUCGAUAAGCUCCAACCGCAACUGGAAAAGUGGGUCCACCCUGCUAUUGAGAAGGGACAAUGGCCCAAGAACUCUCGCGUCAUUACCGAGUCUUGGUUGAAGGAGGGUUUGAAGGGUCGUGGUAUCACUCGUGACCUCAAGUGGGGCGUUCCCGUUCCUCUGGAAGGAUUCGAGAACAAGGUGCUCUACGUGUGGUUCGAUGCCUGUAUCGGAUACCCCUCCAUCACAGCAAACUACACCGAUGAGUGGGAGCAGUGGUGGCGCAACCCGGAGGAAGUCCAGCUCUGGCAGUUCAUGGGCAAGGACAACGUUCCAUUCCACAGUGUUAUCUUCCCCUCAACCCAGAUUGGAACCCAGGACAAGUGGACCAUGCUGCACCACCUGAGCACAACCGAGUACCUCAACUACGAAGGCGGAAAGUUCAGCAAGUCGCGUGGAAUCGGUGUCUUCGGUACAAACGCCAAGGAAACCGGCGUUUCGGCUGAUGUCUGGCGUUACUACCUGCUGAAGAACCGUCCCGAGACCAGUGACACCCAGUUUGAGUGGCUGCCUUUCGUCGAGGCCAACAACGGCGAGCUGCUCGCGAAGUACGGUAACCUCGUCAACCGAGUCAUCAAGCUUGUCGCUGCCUCAUACGGCUCUGUCAUCCCCGAGUUCUCAGUCCCCGAGUCUUUCAACCCCUUCCUGGAGGAGGUCACCAGCCACCUGCGCCAGUACAACGAGGAAAUGGAAGGCGCUCACUUGCGUGCCGGUGUCAUGACUGCCAUGCGUAUCGCCGAAGCCGGAAACGGCCUGAUUCAGUCCAACCGCCUGGACAACAAGCUCAUCGCCGAGGAGCCCGAGCGCGCCGCCGCUGUCGUCGGUACCGUUCUGAACCUGAUUCACCUGCUGUCCGCAGUUUUCACGCCAUACAUGCCCGCAAGCUCCAAGUCAAUUCUGGAGCAGCUCAACGCCCCCACCGCCUUCAUUCCCCACGGCGAUGCCCUCAAGGAUGGCUGGAAGCCCACUACCCUGAAGGGUGGUCACAAGAUCGGCAAGGCCGCUUACCUGUUCACUCGCAUUGACCCCAAGAAGGCCGAUGAGUGGCGUGAGUUGUUCGGUGGAUCCCAGGCCGAUCGUAAGAAGAAGGAGGAAGAGGCCGCCAAGCUGGCUGCCAAGAAGGCCGCUGCUAAGGCCAAGAAGAAGGAGAAGAAGGAGAAGGGCCGUGCUGGUGCUGGUGCUGAAGCCGGCGGUGUCGAGGCCACCGCUAAGGGUGGUGCCGAGAAGGUCGCUGCUACUACUGAGGGCAAGGGCGACGAGGCGGUUGAAAAGGUUGCCGACGGUGUCGCACAGGUUACGCUGCCUAGCUCUUAG